AUGGAACUGAAUUGGAUGAUAAUCGUAGUGCUGUUAGAAUGGUUCCCAAUUGGCUGUAGCCGGCUUGACGUCUUCUGCAAGUUGCCUUACUGCGGAAUAAAUAACCUUGCCUGCAACAAUAACGCGAAAUACGAAGCCAUGUGUCCACCAAAUGCCAGGAUUAUAUCCAUGGGGAAGUAUCGUAAGAGCCUACUAAACGCCUUCAAUGAGUUUCGCAAUUCUACGGCAAGCGGUAAGCAAAAGUAUCUGAAAGCAGCGGCUGCUCGGAUGUCCCGAUUAAGUAACUCUAUGGAUUUGGAGAAGCUAUCCCGAAUGGCAAUCAAAACCUGCUCCCCCAACAAGCUCUGCCUGAGUUCGCCGGAAUUCUACUACGUGGGAACCAAUUUAGGUUCAACUUACCACGACAGAUUGAACAAAUUCGAGGACCUCGAGCUUAUGCUGUGGACUAUCCACGAUUGGACCACAUAUGCGGAUAAUGUAGACAUGAAAAUGGUUAUCUAUAUGCCGCCUUUUUUGGAGGAAAUUGGAACGGCUAAGGCCCUUCUCCUGAUGGCGGAUCGGAACACCCAUGUAGGCUGCUCGGCGAUGCGAUUCACUGGGAACCACUCUGUUCACCACUUCAUCUUCAUGUGUGCCUUCAGUACGGAUAUUUUCGUGAAGCGUCCCAUUUACCGUAUGACGAGUAAACCAGGCACCGCCUGCAAGCGAUUGGAUCCAACUUAUUCAGCCCUGUGUGCCGUCGGAGAGAAUUACAACAAUAAUAAGCCUGUGCCCAAUGCUAUGGUCUAUGGUCACACAGACCUAGCUUUAAACGUGGCCAUGGAAGAGGAGGAGCAGCAGUACAUGGAGCAGAAGGAGUAG